CGAACUAUAUACGCAUUUAGUAUUUAUGUAAAAUGGCUGCGGCCGCCAUGUUUGUGUUUUACAUCGACAGUCAUGAUUAAAGAAUUGUAAAGAGGAUAUGCUGACAUAAAAUCACCAUGCGAUAUUAUAACUAUUUGGUGAUUUAUUUGGUUUGAUAUACAGUGAAACAUUUCCAGACUGAUGGAUUAAAGCAAGAAGUUUCACAUACAUUCAAGAGAGGAUAUGUCAGACAGAGCAGAGUUGAGGAACCCUCUGUAUAGAAACUGGAUCCGGGCAGCCCUUGGUUUAAAGUAUUUGCAGCAAGGUUUAGCAGGCUUUGUCAGCAACCUUUCAGAUCAACGUCAUCAAUCUCACCUUUACAGCUAUCUUAAGGUCACGGGGUCUCCUGCACAUCCUUGUACCGAAUGUACCGCCGACAAUCUACUGCCAGAACAUCCGAGGAAAACCUGCAUCCAAAAGUAUCGGUCUAAAUGCUUCUGUAAUAGCCCAGUAGGAAGACGAUCAUGUCCAAAUAAUUUCUGCAGUCGAUUUUAUGAUUUGAUUGUUCUCGAUCAUGAUGAAAGGAAUCCAGUUUGGACCAAUACUGACCCCAGUUAUUGGUACAAGGACCAUUGGUCAUUUGCACGAUGUUUUCUUGCCACAGCAGGGUACUCUUACAAACAAUCAGCAGCAGAUACUGAUGCAGCCGGUCUCUUGUCCAUUCUCAUAAAUAACGUGGAAUUAAGCACUUCAUUAGACAAUGUCUCACAUUUUGAAGAGAUCAGAAGUAUUCGUAAUGAUAUAGUACAUUCUGCUACAUUUGAAAUUGGGGAAGAAAAGUUAAAAGAAAUUCUAGACCAGUUCAUCGGCGUUCUGAAGGACAAGAAAUCAUUGAACCAUGACGCUUAUGCCCAGCAAGCAGUUGCCAAGCUUGAAAAGCUCAAGACAGACGAAAUCUACAUCAAUUCCGUGGAGGCGGACGAACUUCAUAAAAAUGCUUUAGAAGCUAUUGCUGAAAAGAAAGAAGAAGUAAUCGCAGAAAUAGAUCGAAAAACAUUUGAGAGCAUUAAGCGCAUAACAGAAACUGAAAAACAGAUCCAGUUUACUCAGACUGAUAAAAUUAGUGGUACAAUAUCCGAUCUGGAAAAGCAAGAGCUACAGCGUUACUUGGUCGACCUCUAUCGCAAAGGUUAUCUAAAGACCGACCUUUCUCCACUUAUGCCGGAGGAAGAAGUAGAUGUUGACAAAGUAUUUGUUCCUCUGAAAAUGUUGAAAAGAACUGGCAAUAAACCUGAUGCAAAACCUGUGCGCACAUUAAAUGACAUAUUCUUUUGCGGAAAUAAACAUGCAAAUUGUAUCUAUGUAUCCGGAGAUGCAGGAAUUGGUAAGACAACACUUUGCAGAAAACUUAUUUCGGAAUGGUGUCAUUUCCAUUCUACAAAUCAUAUUCCUACUGAAAAAGGCGGCGAAAAUUAUCCCAUGCUAACGAAAACACAAAGUAUUUAUGUAAACAGCAUAAAAGACUCGAAUAGCGACAAUAUUUCUUUUUUUUCUGAGAACGUUCCGAUUCGAAGAAGAAGUGACAGUGAUGAUGACCGCGCUUUCUUGUCUGAUGAUAAUCUAACUGACACUGAAUAUAGCUCUGAGGAAAGUGAAAGUGAGGGCCAAGUCGUGCAUGAAGAAAAUAAUUAUAGAGAAUCGGCACUAAAACAAUUUUAUUAUUUAUUUUUCAUUUCUCUUCGAGAUACAAACAAGGAAAGAACAAUUGAAGAAAUGGUAUGCAGUCAGUUGCUAAGAAAACAGACAUUACAAGAAAGAUUUAAGAUUGCUUUAAUUGAGGAACCAGCUAGAUGCCUUUUUAUCCUUGAUGGACUAGACGAAUGGAUACCUCCAUUUCCUUUACCAACGCAUCCGACCGUUACUCGAGGAUUACCAGUUAGCUCUGGGGAGGACAAUUUCACAAAACUGUUCACAAGUCGUCCUUGGAAGGUAGAACUUCUUAGGCCAAAUUUAAGCGAUGAGGAUUUAGAUAUAAGCAUUAAAGGAAUUAGGAAAAGCGGUGCAGAAUGUCUCGUCAAAAAUGUUUUUAAUGAACUGAAAACAAAUAAGGACGAAGUAGAACUCAGUACUGUAAUAUUCCUACACAAAUUAAGAGAAAUGAAUAUUGAAUGCCUGGAUUCUGUUCCAUUAUUGCUAAAAUUACUCGUUUGCGUUUCGGAAGGAGAUGGUGAAUUCGCAGAUACUCAAUUAGGUAUUUACAGUUCAGUCAUAAGUAAACUACGUUUUCUCGCUGUCGAACGAAAUAAAAACAAUGACAGGUUUGAAAGUUUAGUGUCACAAGUAGAAAGAGAAAAUUGUGAGUUGCCCGCUUGUCUAAAGAAAUAUCCACUUUGUCGUUUGUUUUCUUCACUGAUUCAUUCCCUCGGACGACUUUCAUUUGAAACGAUAUUCCAUAAGAACAGCGAAACAGCUCUUGUGUUCAAAGACGAAGAUUUAACUCGCUAUGGCAUAUCGAAAGCUGAAAAUGAAUUAAGUAUGCAGAUUGGAUUGCUUUCAAAAAAGAAAGUGAUCGGUGUCUCUAAAAUGUAUCCUGUUCGGUGUGUCAGUUUCGUACACAAAACUUUUCAGGAAUAUUUUGCAGCAUUAUACGUCGCAGUGAGCUAUGAACAAGAUAUGACAAUUGUUGAGCGGACACGCGGGCGUUGCACAACAAUUGAAAACAUCUUAGAUAUAUCGAAAGUAUUUUAUUUUAUAAAGGAUAUAAAUCCAUCGGUCUUAAGUAGAAUUACUGGCGACAUAGAAAUCAAUGACAAGCAAGUCUGCUUGACAAUAAAAAGAAAUCAACUUACCUUAAGAACAAACACGAACAUUAAUACAUUACUGGUUGCUGAGUUGUUUAUGUCAAGUGAAAUACUUUCUAUUUUGGUACAUGAUUCGGAUUUUGGAAUACAUGCACUUCGAAUUGCAACCCCAAUGAUAAACCUAGAAAGUCUUGAAUUUGAUUCUGUUGAAAUGACGCACUCUGCAUUUCGGGAGACAGUAGAAAGUAUGCCAAACACAUCAAGUGGUGUUUCUGUGAAAUUUCAUAAUGUUGCUUUUAAAAGAGUAUUUAUGCAGAGUGUGGAAUGUCAAGUUAUUACAUGCAAACACCUUAGGUCAAUUGAAGUUUAUUUUAUGAACAUUUGUGGUUUAGAACUGAGGUUUUCAGAAACGUUAACAACUCUUAAAUGUGCGAAGUUUUACAUGGUAACAAUGAAUGAGAAAGAGCUUGUAAGACUUUUAUAUAGUAUUUCUAACACAAAUCAUGACGUCAUUGUGAUAUUUGAUGACAUCGAUCUUAGAAGUACGGUAAGUGAGGACAGUAAUAGUUUAACUCAAUUUUUGACAAAAAAUACAAAUCUGAAGGAAUUCGCAUAUGAAACAAAACAUGUCAGAAGUGUUACUUUCCGUUGCUCUGGCAGUACAGUUAAUUGUCUGAGUCUAAAACUUGACGAAGUAGCUGGAAAUGGAGAUAUGUGUUUGAUGUAUUUGAAAGAUAAGAUUGAAAACCAUAGUGAUGCAACAGUGGUUCAUAUAAUGUCUAUUGAACAUAAGAAGACACCUGAUAUGCUUGACUUUGGACCUGGAUUUGCAAUCAUUCGCUUAGGCUGUAUAAACAAAUAUAUAUAUGUUUUGCAUCUGACAAACCUCACAAUGACUGGCGAAGCCCUUCGCGAUAUACUUCAAGAACCGCAGUUUGAAACACUUGUUUCAAUUCAACUGGAUAAUAUCAAUACGGGAGAGAUUUCGUCAAAAAAGAUGUAUUUACAUUUCAAAUGUCAUACCUUAGUAAUGAAGCGAAUGGAUAUGUGUGGCAUACAACUAUCGUUAAGUAGAUCAGCGUCUUCAUUAUCUCUGGUAGAUGUAACGUUAGGAGUAGAAGACUUUCUCCAACUCCUUUAUAGUAUAAAAGAAAUAAUGAAACAUGUGACAUUAGAACUUGAAAAUAUAUCGCUAACAAAAGGAUUAUUAAGCUGGUUUGUACAAUGUGGACAUAUAAAAAAACUCGCAAGCAAAUGCGAAAAAAAAUCGUAAUAUAUGCUCUUUUGAACAUAUCAAUCUGCCAGAAAAUCAUAUACGUACUAUGCUUGAAUGCAUCAUACACAGACACAUUAAUAAAUUAGAACUGGAAAAUGUAAUGAUUUUUAAACGCAAGUCUAUUUUAUAUAAGCUAUUAAAAUAUGAAAACUUGCAAACUGAACCCGUUUCAAGCAUAGUUCUGAUGAGUGUCUUUAAAUUUCCAAGGGAUCUUUCAGAAUUAUGUCUGAGAGACAUUUCUUUGACAGAUGAAGCAUUUCAAUUCCUGUUUAGUGAUAUUGCAAUGACGUUGCUGCUGGACAAAGUUACUAUUACACGCACUUCCUGGUUCAACAGAGAAAAAAUACAGUGUAAAGGCAUAAUGAAACUUAGUAUUGAAAGAAUGGAUCUAAAAAAUGUAUUGAUAACAUUUCCGUAUAAAGUGGAGCAGGUGUGCCUUAGAGAUAUUACUAUGCCAAAAAGAUCUUUUGAAGAUAUGUUGGACAGUAUAUCGGCAGAUAUGUUUGAUAUAACACUGGAUCUGAAUACAAAUACUAACUCUCCACACGGACGAACAGGCUAUAUAACUAUCAGACAUAUGACAAUGCAAUUGAAGGCCUAGCAAAAGCAUUAUGGAAUGUCGAUGCUAUUUGGUAACUCUUGUAUUAGAAACCUAUUUGCGAGAGAGGCCUUAAACGAUUUUUUGUGAAUCUGUACGAGACUGUACAGGUGAUCUGUGGCGUUAUGAACAGGAUGUAGAUAAAAAAAAAACUACAUCAAUUAUUUUGAAAAUACAUAAAUGAAAACAUACACGGGCUUGUGAAGUCACUACUACGUAAAUAUGUUUUUGCAUAAAGUCAUAUUAUAUUUAUAGGACAUAGAUUAGAGGUGUAAAGUAUAUGUGUUAAUUUGCUGCAUUAAUAUAGUCCAGCAGAUACUAACUUCAAUCAGUAUUUGGAGUUUAUAGAAAAUGUUUUUGCUGCUUAUUUAUCCAGAGAGCAUGUUUAAAUAGAAUCGGAUUGAUGACACCUGUCAUUAUAAGGAAACAAGAAAUAUCCAAGCUAGCAAACAAACUGACCACUAGCUAUAGAAAAUCUUACUACUGUAGUAGUUAAGAAUUAUUUUUGUCAUAAACUAAUGUAAACUGGCUCAAUAUCGUUUCAGAUUUAUAAGUAACAAAAAUGUUAUUUUUGUAAUUCUAAUAACUCUAACAGCCAAACAAAUGGCGACCAACAAGACCGCUGUCCUAACAUUCAUUGAAAGGGAACAUGUACAUUUCAAUUAUGAAUAUUGACACGAUGUCUUCAUUAGAUACAAACCUGAGUGAACUAAAGGAAUGAGCGGAUGAGCCAUCUGGUCAAGUCACAUAAUGGCAGACAAGUUAUAGAACACUUAAUUUUCAUUUGGGAUGGCCUUAAAGGUAUAUGCUAGGGCCUUUUUGUUUAAAUUUCUUUGUGGAUGCAUAUGUUUGAUAAUUUCAAUAGGAACAAUUGAGAGAUAAGUUCGUAUUUGUUAAAGUAAAAAAGAAUUUAAGUAUGAAUAGCAAUACCAGGUCUCAGCAGUGUAAUUUUGACAUGAUUCAACAUGACAAAAGAAUGCGCACAAUUUAUCAUUUUAAAUCGGACUGGCUGUGUGUUACACCACUGUUAACAUUGUACAAUAUAUGGAGAAUGAUAUCUAAAGUAUUACAACAUAUAAGGGAAUAUUCAAACUGCAUGACCAUCAAUUACUGAAAAUGUUACUAUUAAGGUAUUUAAGUAUAAAUUGCAAAUCAUCUUUAAAUUAAAUAAAAAUGAACAUUAUGUGUGUUAUAUGUAUAUAAAGAUAUCGUUUAUUUAAGUUUGGAAGCUAGAAAAUGUCAAAAUGGCUUUGCAGUCUUUCAAUAAUACUUUAUUCAUGUACAUAACAAUAAAAUAUACGUACUUCAAGAUUUUGAUGGAUGACAUUAUAUCAUUUUCGUUGGGCUUUGCAAAAUAUUAAAGAUGGCGACCAGCUCCCCAACAGAUCAAGCGUUUGACUCAAUAACACCAAGUUUAAAAAAUCUUUGAGCUACACUCUAAAUGGAUGACCAAUGUGAAGAUUCAGAUUAUUUACUGUUAUAAAGACAAAAAAGAAGCAAAGAUGGUUUUCAGUAUUGCUUCAUUCUAUAACAGUAAAUUGCUUUUUUUCUCGAUGUGAUUGUAUAUCUACGAACAAUUUGUUGUUGUUAUUUUGUUAAGUCUUAUAAAUUGUUUGUAAGUAUAUCCUUCUUCUUCAUAGUGUAGUAUAAUCAAUUCACAAGUAAGCAGCCCGUUUAUUAUGCUACAUAUUGUUCAACAUAGCGCAAAUAGGCUACAUGCAAUACAAAGUCCCCUAAUGGAAGGUGAGUAAUUAUCUUAAUGGCAGUAUAACCUUAUGAUCUGAUACCUGUCAACGAUGUAUAUAAGAUGUUAUAUACAAUUUAUUAUGUUUGUUUGUUUGUUUGUUUUGGGUUUAACGCCGUUUUUCAACAGUAUUGCAGUCAUGUAACGGCGGGCAGUUAACCUAACCAGUGUUCCUGGAUUCUGUACCAGUACAAACCUGUUCUCCGUAAGUAACUGCCAACUUCCCCACAUGAAUCAGAGGUGGAGGACUAAUGAUUUCAGACACAAUGUCGUUUAUCAAAUAGUCACGGAGAACAUAUGCCCAGCCCGAGGAUCGAACUCACGACCCCGCGAUCCGUAGACGUCGCUCUACCUACUGAGAAUUUAUUAUGUUGCACAAUGUUUGAAUUAAAAUGUUCAUAUAA